GGGGAGGUUGCCAAGAAACCCUCUCGCUUUGGCGGGAUGGCAGCUGUCUCAAUGCAUGAUCCUGUCCAGGCAGCCGGUGAAUUGAAAAGAGCGGUUCAGCAAUUGGGAUUCUUUGGAGGACUGAUAAACGAUUUCCAAAGCACGAAGACCGGGGGGAAACAACUCUACUAUGAUAUGCCAGCCUACGACCCUUUCUGGAGAAUGGCGGAGGAGCUCGACGUGCCAAUUUACUUGCAUCCUCGCUAUCCGGAACUUUCCGAUCUCCAGCCCAACACCAAGUAUGGAUCUCGUCUACACUUGCUUGGGGCAGGCGUCCAAUUCCACUUGGAUCUAUCUUUCCACAUCUAUGCCCUCUGUGCGUCCGGUGUGUUUGACCGCUUCCCUCGCUUGAAGGUUGUUGCCGGGCACCUCGGCGAAAACAUUCCAUUCAACCUCUGGCGAGCCUCGCACUGGUACAACAAGCCCAGCAAAAAGGCCACUCGGCCUUCACUGCAUGACUACAACUACUACUUCCACAAGAAUAUCUUUAUCACUACAUCGGGAAACUUUUCGACUCCUGGAUUGAAAUUCUGUAUCGAGGAUCUUGGAGUCGAGAGAUGUUUGUACUCGAUAGAUACACCAUAUGAUCAGGUCAAGGAAGGUCAGGAAUGGUGGCGGACGGUGGGAUUGAAAGACAAUCACAAGGAGCUGGUGGGCCGGGAGAAUGCGAUUCGUCUGUUCAAGCUGCCAAUUGAGAUUUAAUGCUAGAUUUUGCUAUCAAAUGAAAGUCUACUUACCACGUGUG